CGGGGGGGGGGGGGGGGCAGCCUGGAGGGUGGAACCAAACCCUGGGCUAGCCAAACAGGUGUCUAGGAGUCGCCGCGGCAGCACGCGAGGUGCGGGCUGCUGAAGGCGGUGCGGGGCACUUCCUGCUGCGGGCGCUUCUGACAACUGCCGUUGGGUCCGCCUGCCCAGCCGCCCGCUAUUUGGUGGAAUUGUUGCGACCUCUUCGCCGUGGGUCCUUCCCCUUUGCCUUCUCGCGCCUUCCACCUCGUCGCGCGGUGCCUGCCGUCGGGCGGCGACGGUGAGACGCUGGCUGCACCCGGUUUACGGCGGGACCAUUUAGCGGUCCGGCCCCCUCCGACCUGUGGGUCGAGCGGGACCUGCCGCUCAGGUGUGGGCACCUUCUGCGAGAGCCUGCCGGCUGCCUGCCGCGCCACCUGAGCUUCCAGCGAGUGGGCGCCUUCCACGAAUGUCGGAGACUUCUUCUGGGCUUUCUUGGAAUAUCAGAAAUACACUUUCGGGAAAUGGCCUCUAAAUCUUGGCUGAAUUUUUUAAUCUUCCUCUGUGGAUCAGCAAUCGGAUUUGUUUUAUGUUCUCAGCUACUUAGUAUUUUGUUGGGAGAACAGGGUGAUACCCAGCCUAAGAUUCUUCAUAAUGAUCCUCAUGCUGGGCAUUCAGAUGAUAAUGGACAGAAUCAUCUAGAAGGACAGAUGAACUUCAAUGCAGAUGCUAGCCAACAUAAAGAUGAGAACACAGACAUCGCUGAAAACCUCUAUCAGAAGGUUAAAAUUCUUUGCUGGGUUAUGACAGGGCCCCAAAAUCUAGAGAAAAAGGCUAAACAUGUCAAAGCUACAUGGGCCCAACGCUGUAAUAAAGUGUUGUUUAUGAGUUCAGAAGAAAAUAAAGACUUCCCUGCUGUGGGAUUAAAAACCAGAGAAGGCAGAGACCAGCUAUACUGGAAAACAAUUAAAGCUUUUCAUUAUGUUCAUGAUCACUAUUUAGAAGAUGCUGAUUGGUUUUUGAAAGCAGACGAUGAUACAUACGUUAUACUAGACAAUUUGAGAUGGCUUCUCUCAAAACACAACCCUGAAGAACCCAUUUACUUUGGGAGAAGGUUUAAGCCCUAUGUAAAGCAGGGCUACAUGAGUGGAGGAGCAGGAUAUGUACUGAGCAAAGAAGCCUUGAAGAGAUUUGUUGAUGCAUUUAAAACAGAGAAAUGUACUCAUAGUUCCUCCAUUGAAGACUUAGCACUGGGGAGAUGCAUGGAAAUUAUAAAUGUAGAAGCGGGAGAUUCCAGAGAUACCACUGGAAAAGAAACUUUUCAUCCUUUUGUACCAGAACACCACUUAAUCAAGGGUUAUCUACCUAGAACAUUUUGGUACUGGAAUUAUAACUAUUAUCCUCCUGUAGAGGGGCCUGGUUGCUGUUCUGAUCUUGCAGUUUCUUUUCACUAUGUUGAUCCUACAACUAUGUAUGAAUUAGAAUACCUCGUUUAUCAUCUACGCCCAUAUGGAUAUUUAUACAGAUAUCAACCUGCCUUACCUGAGAAUAUACUAAAGGAAAGAAGUCGAGCAUACAAAAAUGAAGAUACAAAAGUAAAAUUGGGAAACCUUGAAAGAAAACAUGAAUGAACAGAGGUAAAAUGUCUAGCAUUGCACUGAAGAACUUCUGCAUUUCUUUUAUAGAACACUGGACUCCCAGUGAAGAAUUCUAAGUGAACAUUCCUUAUUAGAAAUCUUUCAUAUGAAUUGACUGUCAACUGAAGCUUUAAUGAGCUGUGAGGUCUGUUAAAGUGUGUUUUUGAUACAGUAAUAUAUAUAUAUAUAUAUAUAUAUAUGAAAAACUUGUGAUUUUAUAAUGUUGGCCAGGCAAGGGGACUAGAAAAGAGAUUUUAUUGCCUAUUCCUGACCACAUGUAUUAUUUUCAGCGGGAAGCUAAAACAGUAAAAUUUGUUAAAACAUCACUGCACCAUAUUAGUAACACACACAUGAUGUUAAACAGAUCUGCCUUAAAAUUUUAGAAGGAAGUGUUGUUUUUGGUGGUGUUUGUAAACUCAAGACAUGAGUUUAUGUUUGCAAUGUAGUAUAAAGGAACCAAACUCCCUGCUGCCCCUCCCCCCCCAUACACACACCAGUGUGCAGUUUUGGCUAAUCAAAACUUUGCUGUGACUUUAAAAUUGGCAGUAUUUCUUUCAGAAGUAGGUAGAAUAAGAAUGCACUUAUCUUAAAUGUGCAUUAAUAAAAUCACAUUUUGAAAUGAUCAUAGUCCUUGACUGUAAUAUAUACAUACUUGGUUUUAAUUACUAGUUAACCUUAUACAGGCAUACCUCAUUUUAUUGUGCUUUGCUUUAUUGCACUUCAUAGAUUUAGUUUUCAAACCGAAUUGAAGGCAAGAUUUCCUCCAUAAGCAAAAAGAUCAGGACUCACUUUAUUGUGAGGCUUGCUUUAUUGAGGUGGUCUGGAACAGAACCCACAAUAUCCCUUAGGUAUGCCUACACUGAGUCCCUGCUGUCUCUUCUAAGUAUGUUCAACCGUUCUUAGAUACUAUUUUCAGCUAGCAUUUGGUAAACAUGGAUUUUUAGUAUUUUGUUCCCAUUUUACCCAUUGUUAAUUAUGGGUAACUAAUAGUUACUGUAAUGCUUUGGGGGGAAUGCUUUUCUUAUGUCAGUGCCACUCUCAGGAAUUACUAAGCGACAUUUUUAAUUGAUUAUUUAAAACUCUUUCCAAUUAUAUAACUAUAGUUCCUUUUAUUCUUGCCCUGUUGUGAGACACUUGUUUGUACCUUUCAUAAUUUGUUUAAAGCAGUUUUGAAUUUAUUUUUAGAAUCUGAGGUGGUUAUUAAUUACACUGGCAAAAUAAUUUAAAUGUAGGAUUUUACCCAGAGUUAAUUAAAAACAUUAGAAAACGCAAAGUUCUUAAACAAGCUGAAGUAUGUCAGAUAUUAAAAGACCAAAUACUUAAUUUGUGAAUAGCAUCUGAAUUUUGAUUGCUGGCUUACAUACACAGGGUGGGACAGAAGUAGAUUUACAGUUGUUCAUAUGGAAAAUAAUACAAUAAUUAAUAAAGAAUAACAAGAAUGAAUACUAUUUUGCGUACUUACAACUGUAAACCUACUUUUGCAGCACCCUCUAUUUUGGGAUGAUUGUUUUGCUAAUGCAUAGAUAAUUUCAAUUGAGUAGAAUACCCAUUUGAGACUGCCAUCAAAAAACACAUACAUGAAUGUUUUGUUCUAAUUAUAGUGACUAUCUAAAGAGCUUCUGGAAGGAAAAAUUCUUUUCAUUUUUGUUACCUUUAACAAUAUUACCUGAGUGUAUCAUAACAAUAUUUUACAGACUUUCUGUAAUACUAUGUUACAUGUUACAGAUGGUUUACAUUUCUCUUAUGUUUAUCAUUAUGCUAAUUUUACAUGGCUGUCAUACCAUUGACCCUGAUGCUUAACUAAGUAGUUUAUUGUGCCAAACAUGUCAAAACCGUGACCUCUUUGAUGGUGUAUUUGAGAGGAUGUUCAUAUUAGCGGCCAGUUAUGGAUACUCUGCCCAUGUUGUAGAAACUUGACACCAAUUUUUACCUAUUAAAUUGUUUUUCAUGGUGUUCAUGGUGGUUUCACCUGCCAAAAUUUCAAGGCAUUCAUUCUAUUCUUUGAGCAGCUCUUCACCUUGGUGUGCAUAUGAAUUUGAGUCCAUAUUUGCUAUUGUACUUUUCUGUGCUACUUCAAGUAUAAAUGGUUUAUCAUAAACAUCCAAAAGCAUUAGAAUUUACUCACAGGAAAUUAGCAUGUGAAAAAUCCUGGGGUCCAGAGUCAGACUGCCUGGGUUUAAAUUCUUGCUUCAUCACUUACUAGUCUUGUAACCUUGAGCAUUUUACUUAAUCUCUCAGUGCCUCAAUUUCUUCAUCUGUAAAUUAGCAACAAUAAUAUUACCUACCUCACAAGAAUUUUAUGAGGAUUAAACAAGUGAAUAUAUUUAUGGCUUUUAGAAUACUGUCUGGCCCAGAGGAUGGAGCAAUAAGUUUAAGGUUUUAUGGUUAACUUGGAGUGUAAAUAUUUGUUUCAAACGAAUGAAAAAUCUACUUUAAUGGAAUCAGAUAUUGAAGGAACUAUUUUGUACAUUUCUUAUCAGUAAUUACUAGCUUUUAUCUGAUGCGUACUAUAUGCCAAGUACUGUGCUUAGAAACUCUGUGUACAUUAGUGUUAAAUCCUCACAAAUUGGGUGUUACUUCCAUAAUAUAGAUGAGAAAACAGAGGUUCAGAAUUAAAGUAACUUUUCCACUGUCACAAAGCUAAUAAUUAGAUUUCUACUCAAAGCCAGUAUGUUCUUUGUAACCAUUGCAGCUCAAAGGUUAGUCAUUUAGCAUUAUUUCCAUUUUUACUUACUGACAUGUGACAUCUUUUACUCAUUGGCCAGUAAUAGUAAAAUUAGCCAGAUUGCCAUAAUGCUUCUCAAAUUGUGGUUUUUAUAGUCUCGCCUGGGAGCUUGUUAAAACUCAAAUUUUACACCAAGCCCAGAAAUUCUGAAUCUAGCAUGGGGCCCAACACUAGUCAUUCUUCCAAGCUACCCUUGGGCUGUGGUUCUCAAAGUGUGGUGUAAACCAGUUUCUGGGCCAUUUGGGAACUGCUUGGAGAUCUUAUCUCUCCUGGGCCCUAUCUCAGACCUACUGAAUCAGAAACUAGGACUGGAGGCUAGCAGUUAUGGUUAAACAAGCCCUCCAGGUGAGGCUCAUUCAUUCUAGUUUGAGAACCUUUUUACACUAAGAUCUAAGUGAUUCUGAUGUAAAUGAUCCUUCAAACAUGCUAAGAAUCACGGCAUAAGUAAGGUAUCUUUCAAAGAUUUAGAUAGAGCAUGUUUUAAAUAGUGUAGUCCAAGAUUACACUGUAUUAAAUGUGAAAGACUUUAAAGAUGAUUUAAAGGGUCAGUGCAUCAUUUAUUUUGACAAAUUUUUUUUAACUUUUUUAGAGUGGCUAAUAUCAGGACCUACAGAGUAAAAUCUGUAAUUCUUUGAAUUCACAUUGGGGCAGGAACAGUUCAUUAAGUAAGUGCAUAUUACUUCAUUAAAAGCAUAUGUAAAUGAAUGUCAUUAAAAAUGUCCACAGUUAAUAAAAAUUUUUAAAUAGAUAGAAAAAUAUUUUGUUAUAUGCAGAAUGUUUUUUUACUAAUUCAUACUAUCAAAAUUGCAUCACUUUCAAGAAUCAGUUGACUGUCCUAUGUAACCUAAUAAAAGAAAUUCAAGUAUUUGAUGGACCACAUAAAACUAGAUUCAUGAUGAUACUGACUUACCUUUUAAAUUAAGAUCUCUGCUAUUUAGUGAUUUUAAUGUAGUGUCAAAACAUAUGGCUUUUACUAUUUUAUGUUCUCCAUAAUGAUAUACUUGUAUUUUCAGUUGGAAAGUUCAUAGAUGAUAUAAAAGAUUGUUGUCCCUGAGUUAAAUUAUUUGUUUUCAAAUACCUUAAAUUUCAGAGGAGUUUUGUUCUGUGAGAUUUGAAAAUAAAUCACUGACCAGUUGUUAAUACUUUUUUGAAGUAUGGUAAUAGGAUUUGGGCAUUAAAUUUGCCAAUUAUUUUCAUAAUUUUUUAGUAUUAAUUUUUUACUUCCUUGAGUCUAUAAAACUAUAUUUAUCUAAUUGAGGCUUGAAAAAUCCCUCACUUGAUUAAUUAGAUCAAGUCUGUCCUUUUAUUCUCCAUUCAAAUUUUCUGUUUAUUUCGAGUACUAUGUCUUUGACAGUUUCUGCUUCUUUGUAUUUAUUGCCCUCUUUAAAUUUCCUUUUAACUAAUUUCCAUUUUCUAACUACUCUUAGUGCUACCUUCACAAGGUUAAUUUGGCUGUCAUUAGUGAUUAGCAUUUGUAUCACUUAACUGAUAAUUUUAUAUAGCUAUAACUUUGUUUCCCUGAGUUUAGAAGUAAAAACAUCUGUCUUAAGAAUAAUGCCUGCUGGCUUUCAGGAUACUUACCCUCCUUAAAAGUCUACAACUUUAAACUUAUUUUAGAUAUGAAAUUAUUAAACAAAGCAAAGUUAUUUGGAUUCUACCACCGCCCCCUUAGUUUUCUCAAAAUCAAACAAAAAAACUCAUUUGCCUGAUGUCUCUGUGUUUUUAGAGUAGGACUGACAGAAAUAAACAAUAAAUCUGGGGGACAACCUGUGGUUUAAUUUAUGCUAAAUGUAACUAUUGAUUUAAAAAUUACUUAUUUCAGUUGAAAUACAAACUUUAGUAAAGAUUAGAACAAGAAAUUUCACAAAUUCUCUAAAGAGGAACCAACCUAAAACUAGUGUUCUGUUUUAACUCCUUUUCUCUCUCUAAUUUUCAGCUUAUAUUUGUUAAGUUUAAAUAACUUUUCAGAGCCCUGCAAAUUAAUAAAGUAUAUUACAGGGAAACUAAUCUUACUGCUAAGCAGUGUGCUAUAUUACACAGUGAAUGUUUGUGUUUUGGAGUUUAAAAAUUAUGUAAGGUAAUAGUAUCAUGAAUGGUUUAAAAAUGUCUGGUGACACUUAUUUUAAGUGAUCACCAAUAAGUCAGAAAAAUGUAUUUUUUAAAUAUGUUUUUUUAAAGUGCCUUUUGAACAUUUUUAGACAAUGGAUUUAAACAAUUGCAUAAAAUAAAUCACCGUGUUUAAA